AUGCGAUCCUCAAUCUCUUCUUAUGUCGUGCGCGAUCUUUCUCGGACUUGUAUCCGGUGUCAACUCCGAGCCCGCCGAGCCUCAACUCUCACAUCUUCACAACGUCUUUCUGCGACAACAACGCCUGUACAGCGUCAUGUGGCUCUUCUGACGGCCACGCGGGGCUCUGCGACGCCCUUCGCUUACUCCCGCGCUGCUUCCAGUGCUGCGCAGGCAGAGUCACAGCAAAAGACAUCGUCUAGUACCCCGCCAUCAACACACUACGAGCUCUUCCCCGAGACGCUUCCCGAUGGGCCGCCUCCAGCGGGCCACUUCCCCAUCGAUACGCGAGCCUUGCGCCGCGAAUUUCUUCGUCUGCAAGCCCGUGCCCAUCCGGAUAUGCAUGGUUCACAGGAUAAGGCUCGCGCUGAAGCUAUGUCCGCACUUAUAAACGAAGCUUAUAAGACGCUUUCCAAUCCCCUGCUGCGAGCUCAGUACCUGCUAUCCCUGAGGGGCGUCGACGUCGCCAACGACGAGACUCUCAAGGUUGAAGAGCCUGAGCUCCUGAUGCUUGUGCUGGAGGCACGAGAGGAAAUUGAAGAUGCCGAGAAGGAAGAAGAUCUAGAUGAACCUCGUGCGGCAAACGAUGCGCGCAUCGCUGAGAGUGAACAGGUCUUGGAGCGUGCUUUCCAGAGCGACGAUAUAGAUGCUGCGAAGCAUGAGGCUGUACGCCUUCGUUAUUGGGUGAAUAUCAAGGAGAGCCUGGAUAACUGGGAGAGCGGCAAGCCUGUGGUGUUGCAACAUUAG